AAGAAGAGCUCCGUGGAGCUACUUCCGCAAGCAUCGACUCUUGAAGCAAAGGAUCCUCAAGAUACAGGGAGAUACGACGUUUUGGAGUGGACGAUCGUCAUGCCUACUACGUUAGAAUGUGUACUUAUGCGCAAGUGCAAAGUCAAAAAAGGUGAAGCAAGAAAGCUUGUUGCGUUGGGACAAAAAAGCGGUGGCAAGAGUGAUUCCGUUGAGUGGAGCGUCGAUCUUGAGAAGGAAUGUAUACGGAUUCAUAAAGAACGACAGCACCAGAAGAAGGAAUAUAACAGAUUCGAAGGGCUUUCGCCGUUUCUAGCUUGGAAAGUUCAACAGCAUGAAAAAGAGUUCAAUACCACCGUGGAAAUCAAGCCCCUUCACAUUCGAAGCUGCGCCUCCUCGAUGUCCAGACCACGACUACGGACAUCGCCUGAGAGAAGAUCACCUCGAAGAAUAGCCACCGGGCAAACCAAAAAGAUUCAAAGAGGGGAAUUGGCUAUGGUAGUGAGCCCUCCUCCUCUCCAUGCAUCGGAAACGAAUCACUUGCCAUCGCGACCAAGAAAUUCCGAAAGCUCCAUUGCCAGUGAAAGCUCGACUUCGGAGCUUUCGUCGUUAUCGGUGAAUUCUGCCACACCCGUUGAACGACAACACCAGUGGCGCGUACGAAGUGUCUCGCCACCCUUCAGUCACAAAUCUCGUCCGACUUGUCUCCAUUGUCUCGAGUCGCCCGAAAACGUAACGAAUAGCCCAGGUGCCGAAGAGGAUACUGUCUCGUAUCUUUUACCUCCUUCUGGAAUUCAUGGCCAGCUUCAAUCUCCGACAAAACGUCUGGCGAAACUUGCUGCCGAUAUGAGCAUCGUUAGUCCAUUGGUUCGAUCGAAGAAAAUGAGCUUUGCAGCGAGCGAAUUCACAACUCUUGAAAUGACACUGAGAUCACCUGUUCAUCGUCGACGACGGCGUCGUGGAUCACGUCGGCCUACCAGAAGAGGUACAUUACUUUCAAUACAGGACUCCGACUCAACUAAUUCGAGAGGAGAAAGCUCGAUAAGUUCCCAAGGAUCGGACUCCAUUCAUUCCUAUCGAUCCUUCAAUCUAACUGAUUCGGGAGACGAAGGUAUUGAGUCCAGGGCCCAAAAUUGCGCAACAGCCCUGCUCGGUAGAUUCAUGAUGAAGCUUAUUGGCUCUAAAGAGGUUAUGCUCAUUGCUGACAAUGCCCUAGGAUCUGGUCCUCCUGAGGACGAAACCGAAAACGAUCCACCGAAAUUACUGGGAAUCAGUGAUAGUGAGUACGAAAGUGAUGCGAUGUACGAAAGUGAUACUCUGUCUCUCGAAGACUAUGACUUUUUCGGAGAUGACGGUAGUCUCGACAGUAGUGGAGCUACAGCAGAAUGUAAUAGUGUUGACCGAAACAGUGCCCUCCUACCGAUGCCAACACUUGAAGCACCCGAGGAUCACGAAUACGUAAUAGACAAGCCCCCACCCUCUCACCGACAGACAGAGCUGAACGAUGACAGCGAAGACGCUAGUGUAUCUAGACAUAGCCGGAAUCAUACGAGACUAGAUAGACCCGGGCCGUAUCUGAUGAGAGCCCAUCAAAUGCCUCUUCAACGGACGACUUCUCUUGAUGGUUUUGGCGAUCUGCACUUAUCCAGGCAGGGGCGAUUGCAAAAUAGACGAGGAAAAAACUUUGCUGUGAACCAGCCCCAACGCGCAUCGUCUUUUGAUGGACACGGUGAGCUAGGUCUUUCUACCUCCAGUGAUAAGCGGAAACGACGAAAGAGUGUGGCCGACAAGGCAAAACAAAAAGCGCCUUCCCACGAAUACGAAGAUCUCAACCUUUCGUCGCAUAGUCAAACAGAGCACAUCAAGAAAGGACGAAAGAGGGAUGCUGUCUAAAGCUCGCCUUGUUCUCUUCCAAAGAACAAACCACAUUUGUUAAUUUGUUACUCGCAGUCAGAAAUAGACCAAUCGGAGUGAGCUUUCACAUGUCAAGUAUUCUUACAAAUACAGUUUUACAUAUACAGUUUUACAAAUA